UUUACAGGUCCAAGCCUUGCUCUUUUAAAAUGUUCAUUGAAAGAAAAGUGAUCGGUAAUUCUUCUGACCAGCUUUCUUGACGAUCCAUCAAACGGAAGCUCAGUACCUCACUCUCUUUUGCUCUUAUACCUCGAACAUAGCUUCCAUGGCGCCUUCCUCAUCUACCUUUCUUUCUGGCUCCCUCUGUUCUUCGACGUACGAUGUGUUUUUGAGCUUCAAAAAUGAAGAUAACCACAAGAAUUUUGUUGGUCAACUCUGUACACGCUUGAGCUUUGCAGGAGUGUACGCUAUUAGAAGUGAUGAAAAACUUGAAGUUCUUGAACCCAUUGAAGAAUCGAGAUCUUUUGUUGUUCUUCUCUCGGAAAACUAUGUUUCUUCUACUCAGUGCUUGGAUGAACUUGUAAAGAUCAUCGAUUGCUGGGAGACAAUGGGAAAAAUGGCUGUACCCAUUUUCUAUAAUGUGGAUCCAAUCGAUGUGAGAGAUCAAAAAGGCAAAGUGGCAGAAGCUUUUGUAAAGCAUGAAGAAGAUUUCAGGGAGUACAUGGAGAAGGUGCAGAGGUGGAAAGAUGCUCUAACAAAAGUGGCCUCAAUUUGUGGGUGGGAUUCACAUCAAUGGGAGGACAAAAUCUUGAUAGAACAAAUUGCAAGAGAUAUUUCGGACAAAUUAAUUUAUGCAUCAUCUGGCAAUGCUGGUGACUUUGUUGGAAUGGGUUCUCACAUUAUAGAAAUGGAAAGGAUAUUAUGUUUGGAGUCAAAGGCUGUCCAUAUGGUAGGAAUCUGGGGUAUGGGCGGCAUAGGUAAAACAACGAUUGCUAGGGUUAUUUAUGAUAGAAUUUGUAGCAAGUUUGAGGUUCACUGUUUUCUUGCAAACGUUAAAGAAUCUUUCAAAGAACAUGGUGCCGCUUCUUUACUGCAGAAACUCCUAUUGGAAAAAAGGAAAAUAAAUACUUGGACUUUCAAUGCCAAUUUUAAUGUGAUAAAGAGAAGGCUAUGUCACAAAAAGGUGCUUCUUGUUCUUGAUGAUGUGGAUGAUAUGAAGCAAUUAGAAGCAUUGGCCAGGGAGUCUGAUUGGUUUGGUCAAGGAAGUAGGAUCAUCGUAACUGCGCGUGACAAACAUUUGCUAGUUACACAUGGAGUGAAGGACAUAUAUGAGGUUCAGUGCCUAAAGACUGAUCAAGCCCUUCAGCUCUUUAGUCAGCAUGCAUUCAAGCAAAAUAAUCCAAAAAUAGACUAUGCAGAGCUCUCAAAACAUUUUACAUCUUUUGCCACAGGUCUUCCUUUGGCCCUAAAGGUUUUGGGCUCUUUUCUCAAUGAUAAAACCAUGGUUAAGUGGCAAAGUGUGCAAAAGGAACUAGCAAUGAUUCCUGACUUGAAAAUUCAUGAUGUGUUGAGAGUAAGUUUUGAUGGACUUGAUGAUACGCAAAGAGAUGUAUUUCUUGAUAUUGCAUGCUUUUUCAGUGGAGAGAACAAAGAAUUUGUGAGAGAUAUUUUGGAAGGCUGUGGCUUCUUCCCUGAUAUAGCAUUUGCAGUUCUUGAGGACAAAGCUCUUAUAACUGUUGCAGAAAAUAAUUUGUUGAUGCAUGAUUUGCUGCAAGAAAUGGGCCAUGAAAUUGUAAAAGAAGAAUCUAAAGAUCCUGGCAAACGUAGUAGGUUGUGGAUUCCUGAUGAUGUUUUCCAAGUACUGACCAAAAACCUGGGGACGAAAGUAGUUGAAGGCAUAGUUCUUAAUAUGUCAAAAAUAAGAGAAAUGCACCUGAAUUCUGAAGCCUUUGCUAAGAUGCAUAGUCUUAGAUUGCUCAAAUUCUACAGUACCAGUGCAAAAUCUAUAAGUACAGUGCACCUACCUGAUCAAGGUCUCCAUUCGCUUUCUAAUAAGCUACGACUACUCCAUUGGGAAUGUUUCCCUUCAAAAUCUCUUCCAUCUAGCUUUCAUGCAGAAAAACUUGUGGAGCUUAGCUUGGUUGCUAGCAAUGUAGAACAACUCUGGACUGGAAUGCAGGAUCUUGUGAAUUUAAAACGGAUUGACCUGAGUUACUCCAGGUAUUUGACUACAAUCCCAGACCUAUCGAAAGCCCAAAAUCUUGAGAGGAUGGAACUUUGGACCUGCCAAAAUUUGGUCGAGCUUUCCUCUUCUGUUCGAUGUCUUAACAAGCUUGUCUACCUAAAUAUGAGUGAUUGCAAAAAUCUAAGGAGUCUCUGGGGUGGGAUUAAUCUGAAAUCUCUCAAGGCUCUUAUUCUCACUAGCUGUUCAAACCUUACUGAAUUUCCUGAGAUCUCAGGAGAUGUUCAAUUUAUUUGUUUUAGUGGUACAGCAAUAGAAGAACUCCCACAGUCAAUUGGAUCUCUUCCUACUCUUGCUAAUUUGUCCCUAAAAAACUGCACAAGGCUCAAGAAACUUCCAAGCAGCAUUGCUAAUUUAACAUCUCUUAGUCAGUUGUUUCUCUCUGGAUGCUUAAAUAUCACAAAGAUUCCAGAUAUCCCUAAAAAUGUGGAAUGUUUAGACUUGAGUGGUACUGCAAUUGAAGAAGUGCCCUCAACGAUUUUCACACUCCCAAGACUUUCUGCAUUAAAUCUGUCGAACUGCAAAAGGCUUAAAAGUUACCCAGAUAGCAUGUGCGGGUUGGGAUGCCUUAAGACACUGUCUCUUGCUGGCUGCUCAGAACUUGAGGGUUUCCAUAACUUGAAAUCUCUGCCAUGUCUACAAAGCCUAGAUUUAAGCAGCUGUGAUCUGUCAGAUUUCCCUAGCAACCUGAGUGAUUUAUCCUCAUUGGAGGAUUUGGAUCUAAGCAAAAACAAUUUUCAGAGCCUACCUGCAAGCAUAAAAAAUCUAUCAAAACUGAAAUUACUGAACCUAAGCCAUUGCAACAGGCUUAUGUGUAUGCUAGAGAUUCCCCCAUGCAUAAAAAUUCUAAAGGCAUGUCACUGCACAUCAUUGGAAAUUGUACCGCGCAUAAAAAGUUUAUGGGAGCCAAACAUUGACUGUUGGGAUUUUGCUAAUUGCUCCACAUUAAAUCAAACGGAAACCAACAACUUAGUGGAAGAUGCUCAAGCGGUCAUUCUGCAUAUGGCAACUGCCUCAAAGCAAGUCCAUGAAAAUAAGGGCCAUCAGAUUCAGUUCCGCUUUCCAGGAGGUGAAAUUCCCAAAUGGAUCUGUAAUAAAGAUACAGGAUCAUCAUUAACAUUAAUGCUGUCAUCAAAUGGUCGUCGGCUCAUGGGCAUUUCUUUUUGUGUUGUCAUUAGCUGUGAAAUCCGCUCUGCGGUCAGACAUGUUUCUUGCAAGUGUCAUUUGAAAGCUGCAAAAGGUGGACUUGAUGAUCAUAUUUUCACAUCACAUUACUGGUUAGGAAAUAAAGAAGACAUGAUCCUUGAUUCAGAUAAUAUUUUCCUAUGGUUUAACUCCUGGGAAACGAACUCAGCCAAAGGAGAUGGUCAGUUCAAUGGAUAUUAUCAGGCUUCAUUUGAAUUUUUUGCUUCAGAUCAUUCAAAGAAGAUCAUCAACAUGAAAAAUUGCGGCGUCCAUCUACUCUAUAGUGAAGACACAAAUGAAACUCUAGUGAGCAGUGCUAACAAGAAUUCUACUGCUUUAAGCCAACUAAUGAUGGAAGAUACUAACAAAAAGAGAGGCCACCUUGAUGAUGAUUGCUUUACUGGUAGCAAGUCCUGUGAAAGUGGGAGAUCUAGCAAGAGAAUUAGAAGAUGUUCUGCUUAGUUCACUGCAUGUUCAGAUUAUAUUUCAUCAUGAUCAACUCGGAUUUAGAUUCUGUAAGUUGUUUAAGAUUUUUUUUUUUAAUUUAUUUAUAUGGGGU